GUGUGAGUUCAGUUUACUAACGAACGCGGUUUCGAGAAUGGCACGCGCUCAAACGUUCUUCCCGUUCGUGGGUCAAUCCGGUGACGAUUUAUCCGUCCGGCUGGAGGAGCUAGCGGCCACGGAACUGCGUGAAGAUGACAAGCUGAGGGAACAAUCGCUGAAGGCAAUGCGCGAGUGGAUCCGGCAAAAUGGACGACUUCGGCGGUGCCGUACGGAUGAUCGGUUUCUGUUGCGGUUUUUGCGUGUGAAGAAGUUUUCUGUGCCCAAGGCUUGUGAAAUGCUGGAACGCUAUCUAACGAUGCGUCAGACGUAUCCAAAGUGGUUCGCGAAGCUUGAUCCCGAGGAUCCGGACAUGGUGGCGGUGCUAGAUGCUUGCUGUAUGCUACCGAUCGGACGUGAUCCCGCGAGUGGAAGAAUUGUGAUCUUCGGUGUGGUUCGGAACUUUGACGCACAGCGAUACAACUCCGACGCUAUGAUCCGUUUGAAUAUGCUGGUGGCUGAAUCGCUGCUGGACGAGGAACCGAACCAGAUUGCCGGUUUUACGCACAUAUUCGACAAUGGGGGCAUGUCGAUGGCACACGUCACUUGCUGGACGUUGGACAACCUUGCCGGAUACCUGCGAAGCGUCAUCAACUGUAUACCGGUGCGACUGAAAGAGAACCACUUCAUCAGUGUUCCUACGUUUGCAGCUCAGAUUAGCAAAUACUGCCUAUCGUUUGCCAGCGAGAAGCUCCGUUCCCGAAUCCACUGUCACAGCACGGUGGACGAGCUGCGUGCGAAGGUGUCUCUCGAGCUGUUGCCACUAGAGUACGGUGGGAAGGGUCCGUCUCUUAAGGUUCUUAACGAACAGUUCCGAGAGUUUCUUCGUUUGAAGCGAUCGACUCUGCUCGAGCUGGACGAUAUGGAGAUCGAUAUGAAAGAUCCUCGGGAAGCGGCAGUACACGAAGACGGUGAAGUUGUUGCGGAUGGAGCUGUGGGCAGCUUCCGAAAGCUCUCGAUCGAUUAG